AAAGGACGACGGAACGUCACUGAAGACACUUCCGCUAAUAACAAAUCUGCUAGCCUCCGUAGACUUGAAUUGUUUUUGUUUGUUUCCAAGCUUUGCAUAUCUCCGUUGUUAAUAGGUUGUUUAAAGUCACGCUUUUAGUACUUCAUAGAUAUUAUAAUGGAUGUUUAUCUGCUUUGGUAAUCGUAAAAAUGUAAUAACCGAAGAAAAUGGCACCGUUUUUGCUAGAGAACGAGCUAACGCAGCGGUAGCAUGAACGAACAUGUCGAGACCGCCCAUAUUUCACAUGACUAUUUUUACAAUUAAACUCAUUUUUAAGAUUAAUCUCAGUUUUCAGUUCGACGAGGUUAAGCUCACACUGUAGAUUUGCAAAAUGAAGAUGUUCUCAGUGGCUCACAAGACCGUAUUUGUAGUGGAUCACUGUCCCUACAUGGCGGAGUCCAGUCGCCAGCAGGUGGAGUGUGACGUUUUGACAAAGAGCCGAGCUCAGGGGGUCAUUCCUUUGGCACCUGUGUCCAAAUCUCUUUGGACUUGUGCCGUAGAAUGCUCAAUGGAAUAUUGCCGGAUCCUCUAUGAUGUUUACCCAAAGGAUAAACUGAUUAAUUACAUUGUCAGUGAUUCAGAAUUCCACAUACUGAACAGCUGGAGGCGAGAAGAUCAGACCACCCAUGAGCUCAUGGCAACUUUAGCUGCUGUCGGGCCACCAAAUCCACGUGAAGAUCCAGAGUGUUGCAGUAUCCUGCAUGGGUUAGUUGCUGCAGUGGAGUCUUUAUGCAAAAUCACAGAGCUGCAGCGCGAGAAGCGCACUGCUUUAAUGGACACAGCAGAGAGAGUUGCCAAUAGAGGUCGAAUCAUCUGCUUGACCAAUGCAAAAAGUGACACACACGUGCGCAUGUUGGAGGACUGCAUCCAGGAAACUAUUUUAGAACAAAACAAGCUUGCGGCAGGUUCAGAUAGGCUGAUGGCUGUUCAGCAAUGUGAUCUAGUGUUAGUUCACAUCUACCCACAGGGUGAGGACACUCUGGUGUCUGAUCGGCCAAAGAAAGAGAUCUCUCCUCUGCUCACCAGUGAGGUUCACAGUGUGCGUGCUGGGAGGCACCUGGCGUCCAAACUCAACAUUUUGGUCCAGCAGCACUUUGACUUGGCCUCCACCACCAUAACAAACAUCCCCAUGAAGCCCACAUUAAAUGUUUGCGAACAGGAGGAGCAGCACGCCAACACGUCUGCUAACUACGACGUUGAGCUCCUUCAUCACAGAGACGCCCACCUGGAGUUCUUUAAAAGUGGGGACCUGCAUAUGGCAGGAACCAGCACUCGUGAAAAUGGACUUAAAGAGACCAUCACACUGAAGUGGUGCACCCCUCGAACCAACAGCAUAGAGUUGCAUUACUGCACAGGAGCUUAUCGCAUCUCCCCCACAGACGUAAACAGUCGUCCCUCAUCCUGUUUGACUAAUUUUCUCCUCAACGGUCGAUCAGUACUGCUGGAGCAGCCAAGAAAGUCUGGGUCAAAGGUCAUCAGCCACAUGCUGAGCAGCCACGGAGGAGAGAUCUUUCUGCAUGUGCUGAACAGUAACCGCUCCACCCUAGAGGACCCGCCCUCCAUCAGCGAGGGCUGUGGCGGCCGAGUGACGGACUACAGGAUCACCGAUUUUGGCGAAUUUAUGAGGGAGAACCGGCUGACUCCAGUUUCAGAGGCAUCCCAUAAUCCUUCUGGGAAGCUACAGAUUGAAAGGGCGAAAGCUCAGCUAGAACGUCACACCAGAUACUGGCCGAUGAUCAUCUCUCAGACCACCAUCUUCAACAUGCAGGCAGUGGUCCCUCUGGCUAACCUGAUAGUGAAAGAGACCCUCACCGAGGAGGACGUUCUAACCUGCCAGAAAACAAUCUACAACCUGGUCGACAUGGAGAGGAAGAACGACCCGCUGCCCAUUUCUACUGUGGGAUCCAGAGGCAAAGGCCCCAAGAGGGACGAACAGUAUCGCAUCAUGUGGAACGAGCUGGAAACGUUGGUGAAAACGCACGCUGCCGCCACCGACCGACACCAGCGAGUUCUGGACUGCAUCAUCGCCUGCCGCAGCAAACCCCCAGAGGAGGAGGAGAGGAAAAAGAGGGGAAGGAAGAGAGAGGACAGGGAGGACAGGAUGGAGAAAAAUGGCAGCAAAGAGACCGAAGACAAAAGCUGGCAGGAAUCCGAGAAGUCAGUCAGGCUCAAAGGUUUGUUGGAGAAGGACAAUCCAGAGACGGAGGUGAUCAAGGAUUCCCCGGACUCUCCUGAACCGCUCAACAAGAAGCCCCGCCUGAUUACAGAAGAGGCUCCGCCCCCAGAACGAGCAAAAGGUCCCGUCACGCUCCUCAGCAUGUGGACCAGUCGGAUCAUUGCCGCCAAUUCCAGGAAGCACCAGGAGUUUUUCGGCAGAGCGAGUUCUGUGAACAGCAAGUUCGAGUUGUACCAGCACCUCAAAGAUGAGAGCGGGAUGGACAUUCACGAAAAUGGGAAAACUUCCAGAUGAGGUUUCUACAGAAAUCCUCCUUUGCCGAUGAGAAUGAGGACCACAGUGUUUCCCAGACUCUUGAGUUACGCUUCUAUAACACAGACAUUGAUUAAAAAGACAUUGAUCUCUGGGAAUAAAAAUUUUUUGUACCCAUCAUUUUGUAGAUUUGAUCAUCACAUUUUGUUUUAAUUACAAAAUAAAAGCUGAUUGUAGAAA